AUGAGAUAUGUCAGUAGGUGGAGUAUCAACUGGACGAGCUGUGACUGUAUGAGCUAUGUCAGUAGGUGGAGUAUCAACUGGACUAGCUGUGACUGUAUGAGCUAUGUCAGUAGGUGGAGUAUCAACUGGACUAGCUGUGACUGUAUGAGCUAUGUCAGUAGGUGGAGUAUCAACUGGACUAGCUGUGACUGUAUGAGCUAUGUCAGUAGGUGGAGUAUCAACUGGACUAGCUGUGACUAUAUGAGCUAUGUCAGUAGGUGGAGCAUCAACUGGACUAGCUGUGACUGUAUGAGCUAUGUCAGUAGGUGGAGUAGUAUCAACUGGACUAGCUGUGACUGUAUGAGCUAUGUCAGUAGAUGGAGUAGUAUCAACUGGACUAGCUGUGACUGUAUGAGCUAUGUCAGUAGGUGGAGUAUCAACUGGACUAGCUGUGACUGUAUGAGCUAUGUCAGUAGGUGGAGCAUCAACUGGACUAGCUGUGACUGCAUGAGCUAUGUCAGUAGGUGUAGUAUCAACUGGACUAGCUGUGACUGUAUGAGCUAUGUCAGUAGGUGGAGUAUCAACUGGACUAGCUGUGACUGUAUGAGCUAUGUCAGUAGGUGGAGUAGUAUCAACUGGACUAGCUGUGACUGUAUGAGCUAUGUCAGUAGGUGGAGUAUCAACUGGACUAGCUGUGACUGUAUGAGCUAUGUCAGUAGGUGGAGUAUCAACUGGACUAGCUGUGACUGUAUGAGCUAUGUCAGUAGGUGGAGUAGUAUCAACUGGACUAGCUGUGACUGUAUGAGCUAUGUCAGUAGGUGGAGUAUCAACUGGACUAGCUGUGACUGUAUGAGCUAUGUCAGUAGGUGGAGUAGUAUCAACUGGACUAGCUGUGACUGUAUGAGCUAUGUCAGUAGGUGGAGUAUCAACUGGACUAGCUGUGACUGUAUGAGCUAUGUCAGUAGGUGGAGUAGUAUCAACUGGACGAGCUGUGACUGUAUGAGCUAUGUCAGUAGGUGGAGUAUCAACUGGACUAGCUGUGACUGUAUGAGCUAUGUCAGUAGGUGGAGUAUCAACUGGACUAGCUGUGACUGUAUGAGCUAUGUCAGUAGGUGGAGUAUCAACUGGACUAGCUGUGACUGUAUGAGCUAUGUCAGUAGGUGGAGCAUCAACUGGACUAGCUGUAACUGUAUGAGCUAUGUCAGUAGGUGGAGUAUCAACUGGACUAGCUGUGACUGUAUGAGCUAUGUCAGUAGGUGGAGUAUCAACUGGACUAGCUGUGACUGUAUGAGCUAUGUCAGUAGGUGGAGCAUCAACUGGACUAGCUGUAACUGUAUGAGCUAUGUCAGUAGGUGGAGUAUCAACUGGACUAGCUGUGACUGUAUGAGCUAUGUCAGUAGGUGGAGUAUCAACUGGACUAGCUGUAACUGUAUGAGCUAUGUCAGUAGGUGGAGCAUCAACUGGACUAGCUGUAACUGUAUAAGCUAUGUCAGUAGGUGGAGUAUCAACUGGACUAGCUGUGACUGUAUGAGCUAUGUCAGUAGGUGGAGUAUCAACUGGACUAGCUGUGACUGUAUGAGCUAUGUCAGUAGGUGGAGUAUCAAGUGGACUAGCUGUGACUGUAUGAGCUAUGUCAGUAGGUGGAGCAUCAACUGAUUUCAGUAGUUGUUGCCAUGCACAGUUGAAGUCCGAAGUUUACAUACAGUUAGGUUGGAGUCAUUAACACUUGUUUUUAAACCACCCCACAAAUUUCUUGUUAACAAACUAUAGUUUCGUAAAGUCGGUUAGGACAUCUACUUUGUGCAUGUAAUUUUUCCAACAAUUGUUUACAGACAGAUUAUUUCACUUAUAAUUCACUGUAUCACAAUUCCAGUGGGUCAGAAGUUUACAUACACUAAGUUGACUGUCCCUUUUAACAGCUUGGAAAAUUCCAGAAAAUUAUGACAUGCCUUUAGAAGCUUCUGAUUGGCUAAUUGACAUCAUUUGAGUGAAUUGGAGGUGUACCUGUGAAUGUAUUUCAAGGCCUGCCUUCAAACUCAGUGCCUCUUUGCUUGACAUCAUGGGAAGAUCAAAAUAAAUCAGCCAAGACCUAAAAAAAAAGAAAUGUGUAGACCUCCACAAGUCUGGAUCAUCCUUGAGAGCAAUUUCCAAAAGCCUUAAGGUACCACAUUCAUCUGUACAAACAAUAGUAUGCAAGUAUAAACAACAUGGAACCACGCAGCCAUCAUA